AUGGCAGGCCUGUACGUUGUAACGGAUCCUGACGGGGCCGAGGGGAAGUGGAUGAGGGGGAAAGCCGGAAGCGGGGAAGGAGGAGGGGGAGGAGGAGGGGGGGGAGGAGAGGAGGGGAAGGGGGGAGGGGCUGGGAAGGUGUCGGGGGCGGGAGUGGGGAGUUGGGUUCCCAAGGGGGAUUACAGUAUCCCUCUCGUGUUGGCCGAUCCAACGUUCACAGCGAAUGGGUCGCUGUACUACCCGAGGAGAGGGGUGGUGGCUGAUGUGCAUCCUAACUGGGUGGAUGGGUUUUACGGCAACACCAUUGUCGUGAAUGGGCUGGUCUGGCCAUACCUCAAGGUCCGCCCAGCACUGCACAGGUUCCGCCUGCUCUCUGCUGCUAACGCCCGCUUCUUCAAUCUCUCCUUCGUCUGCGCCGAGCGCCCCCCUGCGCCGUUCCCUAACGGCACGCCUCCGAACAGUCACACGGGAGUGGUCAUGCGGAUUGUGAUCACGCGAACUAAGAGCAUCCUCAGCCCGAAAAUACCCGAGAAAAUAGCGAACCCUCUUCCUCCGAUUCAUUUCAGCCAAGCAGCGCAGCACAGGUGGAAGAUGCUGGUCUCAGUUAAAGACGCUCAGACCGACGCCCCUCUGCGCGUGCUGAUCGACAACGCGGGCUUUAAGGACACGGCCACAGAAGCACCCAGAGUGGGGACCUACGAAAUGUGGCAUAUAGUCAACCUCUCACCCAUCGCCCACCCCAUCCACAUCCCCCUAGCCCUGCACCGCCCCAUCUCCCGCCGUCGAUUCGACGCAGAGGCCUUUUUGGACGGCUUCUGCGCGUUCGAUCGGGCGAUGGGGUGGGACAGCUACAGUAAAUCUGUUCUCUCACUUUGGGUCGCAUGGCAGAGUGCAGACUGCAUGGCAGGAGGAGGAGGAGGAGGAGGAGGGGGAGGAGGAGGAGGAGGAGGAGGAGGGGGAGGGGGAGGAGGGGGAGUGAAGGGGGGAGGGUUUGGGUUUGAUGCGACAAGGGGGCCUGGGUACGCGUGGCAUAGUGGGAUUGCAGAGAUGAUGGAUAAUGAAGCUAUGCGGCCCAUUGUUGUCCGUGCAGGCAGGUGA